GGCACGUUCGCACACACAAAUUUGGAGGGGAACGUUACUCAACAAUUUCACUUGCUUCCUGCUAAGAUGCUGAUAUUGAUACCAAGCAAGAACCUCAAGAGGACAUGUAGACCAACCUGUGGGAUGGUUCUUCACAUUGCUGUCUGAAUACUCACAGACAAACAAAUUGGAAAAGAGAACUGUGAACUCGUUUACAGAGCAACUUCCUCUUUCCUGUCCUCUUCCGGAUUGCAAGAUCUUCCUUAUUUUUGUUAUCAUUCUUGAGUUGAUAAAUUUAUUCAAAAACCAAUCUCCAUGCCAUCGGCUGUCAGUACCAAGUUGGCAAAAGGGUCUGGGGCUGGACCCGUUGUCUGCCAGAAUGCUAGCACGACGGCAGAAACAGGUGGAGGUGCAGGAGGGAUCUACUCCGCCAUCCUCAGCCGCAACCAGCCCAUCAUCGGUGCCAAGGAGAAGACUUUUCACGAGCUCCACAAGAAAUGUCUCGAAAAGAAGAUUCUUUAUGAGGAUCCAGAUUUUCCAGCAAAUGAGUCCUCCCUUUUCUAUAGCCAGAAGCUACCUGUCAAAUUUGAGUGGAAGAGGCCACCAGAAAUUUGUGAGAAUCCACGCUUCAUAAUUGGUGGAGCCAACAGGACUGACAUUUGUCAAGGGGAACUAGGCGAUUGCUGGUUCCUAGCUGCCAUUGCUUGCCUAACCUUGAAUGAAAAACUGCUCUUCCGGGUCAUACCACACGAUCAGACCUUCAUAAAAGAUUAUGCUGGGAUCUUCCAUUUCCAGUUUUGGCGAUAUGGAAGUUGGGUGGAAGUUAUCAUUGAUGAUCGAUUACCAACAUAUGGCAAACAACUGGUCUUUACCAAAUCCUCCCAGCAAAAUGAGUUCUGGAGUGCUUUACUAGAAAAAGCCUAUGCAAAGCUUCAUGGGUCUUAUGAGGCAUUGAAAGGAGGCAACACCACAGAAGCCAUGGAGGACUUCACCGGAGGUGUAACCGAGUUCUAUGAGAUAAAGGACGCUCCUAAAGAUAUCUAUAAAAUCAUGAAGCAUGCCAUCGAGAGAGGGUCACUCAUGGCCUCCUCCAUUGAGGACGAUGCAGGAAUCAUUUAUGGAACUCCCACAACAAAUAUUGGAUUAUUAAUUAACAGGAUGUUAAAUAAUAUGAAUUUUAAAACAGAAAAUGACUCAACCCCACCUGUGGAGGAGAAGAUUUCCCAGGCUAUAGCUCCAGUAGUCUUUGAGAGACGCAUGGCUAAUGGAUUGGUUCUAAGCCAUGCCUAUUCAGUGACAGGAGUGGAGGAGAUAACGUUUAAACGGGAGAAGCUAAAACUGAUACGGUUAAGAAAUCCUUGGGGACAAGUAGAAUGGAAUGGAGCUUGGAGUGAUAGUUCAGAUGAAUGGAAUGUUAUUGAUGGUGCAGAGAAGACCCGACUACAGCAUAAAGUUUCAGAGGAUGGAGAGUUCUGGAUAUCUUUGCAAGAUUUCCUGAGAUACUUCACAAAGCUUGAAAUAUGUAAUAUCACACCUGAUGCUCUAGAGGGUGAUAAGCUUCAAACAUGGACAGUUUCUGUCACUGAAGGGCGAUGGGUGCGAGGCUGCACAGCUGGAGGCUGCCGUAACUAUCCAGACACAUUUUGGACCAAUCCUCAGUAUCGCUUGAGACUUCUGGAAGAAGACGAUGAUCCAGAAGACAGUGAAGUUGUGUGCAGUUUCUUAGUUGCACUGAUGCAGAAGAAUAGGAGGAAAGAACGCAGACUAGGAGCCAAUCUUCUCACAAUUGGCUUUGCCAUCUAUGAGGUGCCAAAAGAGAUGCAGGGUAACAAUAUGCACUUGCAAAGGGAUUUUUUCCUCUACAAUGCUUCAAAAGUAAAAUGCAAGAUGUAUAUAAAUAUGAGGGAAGUUGCUGAACGCUUCCGGUUGCCUCCCAAUGAGUAUGUCAUCAUCCCAUCUACAUUCGAACCUCACCAAGAAGGGGAGUUUCUCCUUCGAGUUUUCUCAGAAAAAAUAAGUCUUUCAGAGGAAGUUGAAAACAAGAUUGCAGUAGGACAAAUUUCUCCAAUCAUCUUUGUCUCAGAUAGAGCAAAUAAGAACAAGGAUCCAAAAGGUGGUGAAGGGCAUAAAAAGGACAAGGAGAAAACAAUCACUGAUAAGAAAAAGAAAGCCGAUGAGCCUUCACAGAGAGAUUCCAAUAAGGAAACUGAGGAAGACAAACAGUUCAGAAAUAUUUUCCGGCAGAUUGCUGGAGAUGACAUGGAGAUCAGUGCUGACGAACUCAGGAAUGUCCUUAACAAUGUUCUGAAAAAGCAUAAGGAGUUGAAGACAGAAGGGUUCGCACUAGAAUCCUGCCGUAGUAUGAUCGCCUUAAUGGAUACAGAUGGUUCUGGAAAAAUAAACCUUGAAGAGUUUCAACAUCUUUGGGAUAAGAUUAAAAGCUGGCAGAAAAUUUUCAAACACUAUGACACCGAUCACUCAGGAACCAUUAACAGCUAUGAAAUGCGUAAUGCAGUGAAAGAUGCAGGAUUUCAGUUGAAUAACCAAUUGUAUGACAUCAUUACAAUGCGCUAUGCUGACAGAAAUAUGAACAUUGAGUUUGACAGCUUCAUCUGUUGUUUUGUGAGGUUAGAGGGAAUGUUCCGUGCAUUUAAUGCCUUCGACAAAGAUGGAGAUGGUAUUAUUAAACUGAAUGUCUUAGAGUGGCUACAGCUCACCAUGUAUGCCUGAAGACUACAAAUACUUGUUUUUAUCCUCAUUUGUGCUCGUUCUUGAAAUGAGAUCCAGAUUUCUGACAAAAAAAGCCAGCCAGCAUCAAGUUGUAGAUCAAGGACAUUUGAUGGGUCUUCCUCCUCUGAGAGCCAUAAGGGUAGUACAGUUUGUAUGCAAAUAAUCUAUCUCUCUUUACCAGAUAGUUGUGAAUCUAAAAUCGACCUUUCUACUUAUUGAUAACUGACAUCAGUAGUAUCAUAUUGCAAAUGGUGCCUGCCAUCACUGCACUGGGGAAUGUUGUUCAAUCUACUGUAUGCUGUGGAGACACCUUUCCCCCAUGAUGAUAACUCUUACAGGAGUGAAUUUCUCUUCCUAGGAAUAGAUUUCUUCUUACUUCCUGUUGCCACACUUCUAUUUGUAUCUAGGAGAUGUAUGUAGGUCAGAUGUUUGUAACUCAGGGACUGCCUGUACUUAAAUAACGUAUUUUAAAUAUGUAACUGUUUGAAAUUUCA